ACCAGAACAAUGGCUAUUUGAUGGUGUCAGCCAAUGGAGGAUUGAACCAAAUGCGAGCUGGUAUAAGUGAUAUGGCAGUCAUUGCUAGAUAUUUAAAUCUAACAUUCAUAGUUCCUGAGCUGGACAAUACCUCCUUUUGGCGUGACAGUAGUCGCUUUGAAGACAUAUUCGACGUAGAUUAUUUCAUUAGCUCUUUGAGAAAUGAAGUGAAAAUAUUGAAGGAACUUCCUCCUGAGGAGAAGAAGAAGCUGGAGACAAGAUACCUUUAUUCUAUGCCACCAGCUAGUUGGUCCAACUUGUCAUACUAUCAUGAUUCUAUUCUUCCUCGAGUUAAAAAGUAUGGGGUGAUUCAUUUUUCCAAAGCUGAUGCCAGGAUUGCCAACAAUGGCAUUCCUGUGGAUAUUCAAAAGCUGCGCUGCCGUGUGAAUUACAGGGCCCUGCGAUUCACAGCUCCAAUACGAGAAGUUGGGAAGAAAAUUGUAAGAAUUCUGAGGAAAAAAGGUCCUUUCUUAGUUCUUCACCUCAGAUACGAAAUGGACAUGUUGGCAUUCUCUGGUUGCUAUGAAGGCUGCAAUAAAACAGAAAGGGAAGUACUGACAGAAAUGAGGUACGCAUAUCCAUGGUGGAAAGAGAAGGAAAUAGACCCUCAAAGAAAAAGGCAAAAUGGUUUAUGCCCUUUAACUCCAGAGGAAACUGCUCUGACAUUAAGGGCAUUAGACAUUGACCCUCAAAUGCAAAUAUACAUAGCAGCUGGGGAUAUAUAUGGGGGAGAAAGAAGAAUGGUACCUCUAAGAAAAGCUUUCCCAAAUAUGGUUAAAAAGGAAACAUUAUUAGAACCCUCUGAUUUUGAGUCCUUCCAAAACCACUCAAACAGGAUGGCAGCAUUGGAUUACGUUGUCUCAAUAGAAAGUGACAUUUUUAUACCUACCUUUCCUGGCAACAUGGCUAAAGUUGUUGAAGGCCACAGAAGGUACUUGGGGUUUAGAACCACUAUAACUCCAAACAGGUAUAUUCUAGUGCGUCUAAUAGAUCAAUACAAGAUGGGGAAGCUGAGCUGGGAUGAAUUUGCUAAAGCUGUGAAGGAAGUUCAUGCUAACAGAAGAGGUGGUCCAACAGUAAGAUCCCUGUUUCCAGUAAAACCCAAGCUGGAGGAUUAUUUCUAUGCUAAUCCUCAAGAAUGCCUCCCAAUAAUGGAUUCAAAAUCAACCAAAACCUCCCCAUAAAGACCUCAACUGUUGCAGCAAAUGCAAGUUUUUAUGCUCCGAAGACUACUCCAGGCCCAUUCAACAGGACUUGAAAGUAGAGCCGUUGAGGUUUGUAAAAUAAGGUUUUUGAGGUCUUGAGGUUUGUAAGAUAAGGUCAUUAGUCCUUAUCAACCAUCAAC